AUGGCUGAAAAUCACGAAGAAGAAGAGUUUGGAGAACUAGCUGUAGUUUUUGGAGAUUUCCAUAUACCAAUGCGUUCUACAGAUAUUCCAGAUUAAUUUAAAGAAUUAAUUGUUCCAAACAAAGUUUAAUAUGUAAUGUGCACUGGAAAUAUUGGUUCUAGAGAUACUUUAGAUUGGGUAAAAUCAUUAUCAAGUAAUUGUCAUAUAGUUAAAGGAGAUUUCGAUGAUAAUAAUGAUUUUCCAGAAAUAAAAACUAUUAAAAUUGGCAAUUUUAAAAUUUCAUUAAUUCAUGGACAUUAAGUUGUUCCUUGGGGAGACGAAGAAGCUUUAUAUAAUUAAUUAAGAUAAUUAGAUACUGAUAUAUUGAUUAGUGGACAUACACAUGAUUAAAAAGCAAGCAAAAUUGAUAAAAAAUAUUUAUUAAAUCCUGGUUCAAUUACAGGUGCUUAUAGUCCAAUUACGAAAAAUAUUUUGCCAUCUUUCUUGCUUUUGGAAAUAAAAGAAAAAUCAGUUGAUGUUUACUUAUAUUAAUUAUAAGAUUCUGAACUUAAAAUUAAAAAAACAAUUAUAACAAAAUGA